AUGAACUUUCAAGAGCAAGUUGAGGAUGCGUAUCCUAAUCUCGACCUAGAUUCCUUCGUGCCACAUCUUGGGGCAAAGAAAACGGCGAAAGUAUCCACAGGAGCCACUACCGAGGUGGCCAGUGUUGGCAAGGAAACCUCGAAUGGACCUAUGGGGAGGGGGAUGGAGGUUGGCACUGAGAAAGCUGGUGCCAAGAUGGUUGGGACCAAGGUGUUUUGGGCCGAGGAGUUUGGGACUUUUCCCAAACCAGCCGUCCUUCCAAUUGCUGUUCAUAAUCCUCCACUCCUCCUCCUCAAUGUGGACUCUUCUCAAAGCAGGACGUGUGAGGAUACUGCCACCUUCUCACGGAAGUGCCGAUGGGGAGUCCUAUCAUCGCGAUCAUCAAAUUCCUCCUCUAGUGAGAUGGGGCUUACAGCUAUUGAGUUGAAGUUUUUGAUAGGGAAGGCAAGGCUCGAGAAACAACUUUUCGAGGUUGAGAAAGAGCAAGAUGAGCUGAGGGCUGAGAAUGUCCGUCUGAGGGAGGUGAUUUCUGUUCUAAAAUGA